UGUUAUGGCGGAAGUGAAACCACACUAAACUCGAGCGGCCAUGGCGCCCACGGCUACUGCUAAUGUCAACAUGACCACGAAUGGCGACGUGGAGCAGAAGGUGUUGCAGUAUGAGAAGUUUAUUGACGAAGUCUUGAAGAAGGAUUUACAGGCGGUGAUGGAGCAGCGAGACUCCGUUUAUGAUCAAACAGCUCAGUACCUGCAGCUCAAGAACACCAUACGGAGUUUGCAGGAGACAGGCUCUCAGCGCCUCAAGACAGACGUUGACCUGGGAUGUAACUUCUACGUUCAGGCAGAAGUGGAGGACUCAUCCAAGAUCUUCGUGUUGGUGGGCUUUGGCUUUUUCGUGGAGAUGGACCACGCGGAAGCUCUGCGCUUCAUCGACAAGAAGACGAGUCAGCUCACAGCCUUCACGGAUCAGCUGACCAAAGACGCUGCUAAAAUCAAAGCAAACAUCCGCAUGGUGCUGGAGGGUCUGCGAGAACUUCAGGGCAUUACAGAUCUUCCAGAGCAUAGCAGAAGAGAAGUCUUCUAGAUGUUUGGACUCAUCUGUGAACCCCCCCCCCACCCGACAUGGUCUGGCCAAGACCACCACCAGCAGCAGCAGGUCAGGAUCAGUUUAAUGGUUCUCGCGCAGACGUGCCUCAGACAGAGAGCGUGUCCUGCCAGGUCCACCCCUGGAUACGAUCCACCCAACUUCAACACAAGGCGCCUGCUCCAUCACCCAAACAUCUCCGGUCGCCAUGGCGACAAGACGAUGGAUCAGUCAGAGGAUUUCUUUCGACCACAAAAUCAAUAGAGAAACUAUUUUGGUCAAGGUAGCCAAAGCUAGGAGGUGACAUCAAACCUUUAUUGUGAAUCAAAUGUCACAUUCAGAACAAUAAAUGAGUGGGAGUGAGAAUAA